UAUCUUAUUUUUGUUGGUUACGCACCACUGAAUAUAGGGUUGUUUGUCAUUUCAAUUCAAGAUGUCUACACGAUUCAAGGAAAAGGCAUAUUAUUACGGAAACAGUCACCUUUAAACAAAGUUAUAACUAGCAAUACAUUCCUUUCUAAAGCCUGGCAAUUAUUUAUUGAUAGAGUUUUGAAGAAUUUCAAAAGCACGAUCGUCAUGCAGCUGUUUCAACAAGGAAUAUCGCAUAACAUUGUGAACAUUAUUUUUUGUCUGUUAAUUGUCGAAUGUUAUUGUUACAUAAGUCCACCAGAGUUCAACCUGAAAACCCGGGAUGCUUCAAUAGUUGAUAAAGUAUUUGAUGGCAGUUCGAACUUCAGAACACUUUUCCGCACAACAAGUGGGAAGAUUUUGGCAGGAUGUAAAAAUGCACUUUUGGUGUUGGACGAUAAUCUUACAGAGACUAAUCGUCUAACUUUCAAUUCGUGUGAUCGUCCAUCUGGAGAGAUAACAUGCCAACAGGAAAAGACUAACGAAGAGGCCUACUAUUGUCAGAAUUACAUAAGAACUAUCAUUGAGUGUAAAGAUACCAAUCCAGCUCGUAGAUACUUUGUAUGCGGUACAAAUUCUUUACGACCACUGUGUUACUACGUUAGUGAGAAUUUUACAAGGGAUCCCAGAAAUCCAACUGGUACUUGUGUAGUUUCCAGGGAAGAUAACGAUGCUGGAUUGAUGAACGGGAGAGAGAUUAGUGCGUUCAAUCCCAACCAAAAUGUGUCAUCGUUAUAUUUUGCCGUAAAAGACAGCGUUCAUAGGCUGUUCACAUGUACAACAUACAACUCUGCUGGCAUCCAGGGAAUUAUCCGCAGUAGUGACAUGUUCAAUAUUAGUGAUGGUUUCGCGAUGGUAAACGAUAAAGGAUACAACAAGUGGCUGGAUGCUCCACAAUUUGUUGGUAGUCCGAUUACGUACAACGGCCGCAUUUAUUUCUUCUUCCGAGAACCUGCUAGAGAAUUUGAUAAUGCUGGAAAAACUGUAUUCUCUAGAGUUGCAGCUGUUUGUAUGAAUGACACGGGUGGUGAGAAACAUAGUAACCUGGAUGGGAUGUGGACCACAUAUAUCAAAGCACGGCUCAACUGCUCUUUGCACGGAGAAUACCCAUUUUACUACAAUCAUCUACAGGAUGUAUAUCAGACUUCACUAGACUCGGACAUCGUUUUUGGUGUGUUCACUACACAAGAGUAUGGUCAGUCUGGCUCUGCUUUAUGUGCUUAUAGCAUGAAAGAAAUUGAAUAUUUGGUUGAAUAUGCUGAUUUAAAAGGACAGAAAUCUGCAAAUUCUCUCUGGCUUCCUUAUCCAAACUCAGACCCACCCAUAGUCCCAAGACCUGGAAGCUGUGGUUCUCCACAACCGACAUCUAACUAUGAUCUUAUAAGAUCAUAUUCACUUGUUGAUACUCCGGUACCCAAUUUGGCCAACUACAACCAGGAUAUGUCGCCAACACUCAAUCGGAAAUCUGACGAACCUUUGCUCAUACUGAACGAUGUUCGUUUCUCACAGCUGGUUGUUGAAAAGAGUUUCAGUUCAUAUGACAUAUUUUACAUUGGGACAGGUAAGUAAUUAAUUUCACGAUUUUUAUAGGAU